AUGGCAGGUGUGGACUCUGCUAUGGAUCAGUGUGAGGACAGAGAGGAGGGAGUCCAUCCCUCUAAAACCACUCUGGGUGGGGAACAUGACAGACAGACCAAAGCUCAGAGGUGGACAAAACAGAAGAAAAAAGACUCCCCUGCCCCCAGCUAUGUGUCCAUGAAGAGUGAUUGGUCAAGGGGUCGACCUAUUGACUUCAAACAUGAACAGCUGCAGUCUGAUGAUCCAGGGAACCCUCUACAGAGACCAGAUUCCUCUGGAAUCAGCUGUGUUUCCAUGAAGAGUGACUGGUCAAGGGGUCGACCUAUUGACUUCAAACAAAAACAGCAGUCUGAUGAUCCAGGGAACCCACUACAGAGACCAGAUCCCUCUGGAAUCAGCUGUGUGUCCAUAAAGAGUGACUGGUCAAGGGGUCGACCUAUUGACUUCAAUAAUCAAGGAUUUCAGCCGCAGAGCCCAGAGGUUUCCAGUGGUCAGUCCACCCAGCAGCAUCCAACUGACCAGGACUCCAUAUUCACGCUGCUUGAGGAAAACAUAGUCAGUUUUGUGAAGAACGAGCUGAAGAAGAUCCAGAGAGUCCUGAGUGCAGAUUACCCAGAAUGCUUAGAGAGUCAGAUGGAGGAUGAGGAGAUGUUGGACGGUGAGGAUGAAGAGCAGAGGAGGAGCAGCAGAGAAGCAUUUCUGAAGAUCACACUGAACUUCCUGAGGAGAAUGAAGCAGGAGGAGCUGGCUAAUCGUCUACAGAGCAGAAUCGUAGCCCCAGUGUGCCGUGAACUAAAGUCUAACCUUCGGAAGAAGUUCCAGCAUGUGUUUGAGGGGAUCACUAAAGUAGGAAACAAGACCCUUCUUAAUCAGAUCUACACAGAGCUCUACAUCACAGAGGGAGGGACUGCAGAAGACAAUGGUGAACAUGAGGUCAGACAGAUUGAAACAGCAUCCAGGAGACCAGACAGACCAGAAACAACAAUCAGGCAAGACGACAUCUUUAAAGCCUCACCUGGAAGAGAUGAACCAAUAAGAACAGUGCUGACAAAGGGAGUGGCUGGCAUUGGGAAAACAGUCUUAACACAGAAGUUCACUCUGGACUGGGCUGAAGACAAAACCAACCAGGACAUCCACUUCACAUUUCCAUUCACUUUCAGAGAGCUGAAUGUGCUGAAAGAGAAAACGUUCAGCUUGGUGGAACUUGUUCAUCACUUCUUUACUGAAACCAAAGAAGCAGGAAUCUGCAGGUUUGAAGAGUUCCACAUUGUGUUGAUCUUUGACGGUCUGGAUGAGUGUCGACUUCCUCUGGACUUCCACAACACUGAGAUUCUGACUGAUGUCACAGAGUCCACCUCAGUGGAUGUGCUGCUGACAAACCUCAUCAGGGGGAAACUGCUUCCCUCUGCUCGCCUCUGGAUAACCACACGACCUGCAGCAGCCAAUCAGAUCCCUGCUGACUGUGUUGACAUGGUGACGGAGGUCAGAGGGUUCACUGACCCACAGAAGGAGGAGUACUUCAGGAAGAAAUUCACAGAUGAGGAGCAGGCCGGCAGAAUCAUCUCCCACAUCAAGACAUCAAGAAGCCUCCACAUCAUGUGCCACAUCCCAGUCUUCUGCUGGAUCUCUGCUACAGUUCUGGAGAAGCUGACGGAAACCAGAGAGAGAGGAGAGCUGCCCAAGACCCUGACUGAGAUGUACAUCCACUUCCUGGUGGUUCAGUCCAAACUGAAGAACAUCAAGUAUGAUGGAGGAGCUGAGACAGAUCCACACUGGAGUCCAGAGAACAGGAAGAUGACCGAGUCUCUGGGAAAACUGGCUUUUGAUCAGCUGCAGAAAGGAAACCUGAUCUUUUAUGACUCAGACCUGACAGAGUGUGGUAUUGAUAUCAGAGCAGCCUCAGUGUACUCAGGAGUGUUCACACAGGUCUUUAGAGAGGAGAGUGGACUGUACCAGGACAGGGUGUUCUGCUUCGUCCAUCUGAGUGUGCAGGAGUUUCUGGCUGCUCUUCAUGUCCAUCUGACCUUCAUCGACUCCGGAGUUAAUCUGAUGGCAGAAGAACAAUCAACCUCCCGACUGUCCAAAGUGUUCAAAGACAAACCUAAACUGAAACAUCUCUACCAGAGUGCUGUGGACAAGGCCUUACAGAGUCCAAAUGGACAUCUGGACUUGUUCCUCCGCUUCCUCCUGGGUCUUUCUCUGAAGACCAAUCAGAACCUCCUACGAGGUCUGCUGACACAGACAGGAAGUAGCUCACAGACCAAUCAGAAAACAACCAAGUACAUCAAGGAGAAGAUCAGUGAGGAUCUCUCAGCAGAGAAAAACAUCAACCUGUUCCACUGUCUAAAUGAACUGAAUGAUCGUUUUCUAGUGGAGGAGAUCCAACAGUCCCUAAGAUCAGGAAAUCUCUCCACAGAUAAAUUGUCUCCUGCUCAGUGGUCAGCUCUGGUCUUCAUCUUACUGUCAUCACAAACAGAUCUGGACGAGUUUGACCUGAAGAAAUACUCUGCUUCAGAGGAGGCUCUUCUGAGGCUGCUACCAGUGGUCAAAGCCUCCAACAAAGCUCUACUCAGUGGCUGUAAGCUCUCAGAGAGAAGUUGUGAAGCUCUGUCCUCAGUCCUCAGCUCCCAGUCCUCUAGUCUGAGAGACCUGGACCUGAGCAACAACAACCUGCAGGAUUCGGGGUUGAAAAUGCUUUCUGCGGGACUGGCAUGUCCUCACUGUACACUGAAAACUCUCAGGCUGGGUGUGUGUAAACUUUCAAGGCGGAGCUGUGAAGCUCUGUCCUCAGUCCUCAGCUCCAAGUCCUCUAGUUUGAGAGACCUGGACCUGAGUAAUAACGACCUGCAGGAUUCAGGAGUGAAGCAGCUGUCUGUUGGACUUGGGAGUGCUCACUGUACACUGGUCAGUCUCAGUCUCUCAGGUUGUCUGAUCACAGAGAAAGGCUGUUCUUCUCUGGCCUCAGCUCUGAGCUCCAACACCUCCCAUCUGAGAGAGCUGGACCUGAGUUACAAUCAUCCAGGAGACUCAGGAGUGAAGCUGCUGAAGGAUCCAUGCUGCAGACUGGACACUCUCAGGGUUGAUCAUGUUGGACAGCAGUGGUUAAAACCUGGUCUGAGGAAGUAUGCCUGUGAACUCAAAGUGGACAUAAACACAGUACACAAAAAGCUCAAACUGUCUGAAAACAACAGGAAGGUGACUCUGGUGGGAGAGAAAGAGAAGCCUUAUCCUAAACAUGCAGACAGAUUCGACAGUUGCUAUCAGCUGCUGUUUAGAGAUGGUCUGACAGGUCGCUGUUACUGGGAGGUUGAGUGGAGAGGAGAUGUCGAUGUAGCCGUGGCUUACAGAGGAAUCAGCAGGAGAGGAGACAGUGCUGCAUGCAGGUUUGGAAAAAAUGAUCAGUCCUGGAGUUUAAACUGCGCUGAUGGUCAUUACUCUGUCUGGCACAACAAAAAAGAAACAGUCCUCCCACUCUCCUCAACUGGUACAGUAGCAGUGUAUGUGGACUGUCCUGCUGGCACUCUGUCCUUCUACAGAGUCUCCUCUGACACACUGAUCCACCUCCACACCUUCAACACCACAUUCACUGAACCUCUUUAUCCUGGGUUUGGCUUGGGGUUUGGCUUGGGGUUUGGAGUGGAGUCUUUAAUGUUGUCCCUGGACUCCUCAGUGUCUCUGUGUUCAUUGUGGGAGGGAGAGUUGAAGAGAAGAGAGUGA